UUGCGCCCCUCACCAUUUUCACUUCCUAUUGCUUUUCUUUCUUCUCCAUCUCACCUUUCUUCACAUUCUGAUAUUAACCUUUUUUCUCUCGUCUUUCUACCGUGUCACUUGUUUUACACUUUCUUUCAAAUCUCUUCUUUUCCUUUUUCUUUACCUUCUCUCUCUCUCUCUCUCUCUCUCUCUCUCUCUCUCUCUCUCUCUCUCUCUGAUUUCUUUCUUUCUUUCUUUUCGUUUAGGAUUUCUUUCAUUAUCUCCCUUUUUAUUUCCCCCUUUCAUUUUCCAUCUUCCUUUCUUUCUGUCCCUAUUUUUUUCAUCUUUCGUUCUGCCUCCUCCGUUUUCCCCUCUUUCCCCCUCUCUCUCUCUCUAUCUAUCUAUCUAUCUCUCUCCUCUUUUCUCUCUUUCCUACUCUUAUUCCUCUUGCUUUCUUCUCUUUCCUUUUUGCUCUUUCCUUCUAAACUUUUCCUUUCUUCUUCUUUGUUAACCCACUUUCUUGAAACUUCAAAUGUUAUACCUCUUUUUUUCACCCUUUUCCUCUUUUCCUUGUGCCUCUCCGUUUACCCUUGUUUUUUUCUUUCUUCUUUUUGCUAUCGCUUUUCCCUCUAUAUAUCUGCCUGUUCUUUUCCUUCUUUGUUUAUGCCCCUCCGCAUUUCAUUCUCUCCGUUUUUCCUCUUUUCUUCUCUCCCCAUUUUCUUCUUUCCUUCUGCCUCCUCCUUUUACUCUUUUAUUCUCUACCUUGUUUCCUUCUUGCUCUCUUUCCUUUUUUUUCCUUCCUUCUGCUUUCUCGUUUCCCGUUGUCCUUCUGUCUCUUCUCUCUAUUCCUUCCUUCUUUCCUUCCUCCCUUCCUUCCUUCCUUCCUUCCUUCCUUCCUUCCUUUCCUUCCUUCCUUCCUCCCUUCCUUCCUUCCUUCCUUCCUUCCUACCUCCUUUCCUUCCUUCCUUCCUUCCUUCCUUCAUUCCUUCCUUCCUUCCUUCCUCCUCCCUCCCUCCUUUCGUCCCUUCCUUCCUUCCUUCCUUCCUUCAUCCCUUCCUUCCUUCCUUCCUUCCUUCCUUCCUUCCUUCCUUCCUUCCUUCCUUCCUUUCUCCUUCCUUCCUCCGUUCCUUCCUUCCUUCCUUCUUUUCCUUCCUUCCUUCCUCCUUCCUUCCUUCCUUCCUUCCUUCCUUCCUUCCUUCCUUCCUUCCUUCCUUCCUCCUUCCUUCCUCCUUCCUUCCUCCUUCCUCCCUUCCUUCCUUCCAUCCUUCCUUCCUUAUGUCUCCCCUUUUUCCCGUUUCCUUUUCUCACAGUUUCUUUGCUUUCUUCCCUAUUUUUUUUUGCUUUUUCCUUCUAUCUCCUCUGCGAUAUUCCUUUUGCCUCCUUCUCUUCCUCUUUCUUUCUCUCUCCUCUUGCCUUCUUCCUUUCCACUUCUUUUGCACCUCUUCCUACCUUUUCCUUCUCUUUCUCCUCCUCCUCCUCCUCAUCCUUUCUUCCUCUUUGCUCCUGCAGCCACACUUUUCCAAUCUUUCCAUGCUAUUCGGCGCAUUGCGAUGGCAUCAGAAUACAUCGCUAGCUCUUCUGAACAAUUAUUCCUUCCCUCUCUCUCUUUCUCUCUCUCUCUCUCUCUUCUUCUUCUUCUUCUUCUUCUUUUUCUUCGUCUUUUCCUUCUCCUCCUCCUCCUUCUUCUUCUCCUCCUCCUCCUUCUUCUUCUUCUCCUCCUCUUCCUCCUUCUUCUUCUUCUUUUUCUUCUUCUUCUUCUUUUUCUUCACCUUCUUCUUCUCCUCCUCCUCCUCCUUCUUCUUCUCUUUCUUCUCCGCCUCCUCCUCCUUCUUCUUCUCCUCCUCCUCCUCCUUCUUCUUCUUCUUCUUCUCUUUCUUCUCCGCCUCCUCCUUCUUCUUCUUCUCCUCCUCUUCCUCCUUCUUCUUUUUCUUCUUUUUCUUCACCUUCUUCUUCUUCUUCUUCUUCUUUUUCUUCUUCUUCUUCUUCUUCCUGCUUUACCCGAUAUACUUCUGUCUACUGCCACCCUUACACCUUUUUUUUACUUUUCCGUUUUCCUCUUUGUCUCUUUUUUGUAUACCUCUCCUAUCCUCUUCAUUUGCCUCCCUUUUCUCCUACUCUUCAUACAUAGAACCUCCUACUAACACCUUAUCUAUCAUAAUUACAUUUUCUCUUUCUUUCUAUCUCUCACCUUUUCUUUUCCUCUUCUUUUCCUCUUCUUUCCUUUUGACUCAACUUUUCUUUUCCUUGCUCUCCUGUACUUUUUAUUGUCUAUAA